AUGGAGGCCGUGCCGGGAGUGGCGACGGACUCGAAUUGCCGCAAACUGGGAGGGAUUUCGGUGGGGGGAUGGAUCACUCUGAUGACGAUCGUGGGCAUGGCCGUGGGCGCGCUCCUGGGCGCCAUGGGGACCCUGUGGUACGUUGGCAGGCUGGAGAGGCAGAGGCGGCGGGAGCUCGCCAUGGGCACAUCGAAGAUGGAGGAUGGGCAGCUGGCUGGGGGAUCAUUACCUUCCCAUCGUGGAGCCCCCUCCUCCGCCAGGGAUGCCGCCAACGCAUAUGCGCCAAUGGGCACUGCAAUGUACAAGCAACAGAGGCCGAGCAGCGCUGAGCUCUCCAGCUUUGGAACCAUGCAGUUCGUCAGUGGGGUUGGUGGCGGCAACCCCCAGCCACUACAGACGCCACCCCACUCCAGAUUCCCCACCCCCAGGCGCCGCCAGCCCCUUAGGCCACGGCUGCUCUCAGGCGGCGGCCAGCAGGCCUGUGGGCCCCCAUUGCUGCCUGGCAGCAGGCAACAAUCCCAGGAACUGGGGCCCAGUGGCAGUGAGUUGCAUGACAGAAAUUGGAGCAGCACCCAUGGGGGUGUGGAGGAGGCUGUCACCACACCUGUGGUGGACGAGCCAGUGCAGGUACCCCUGCGGCCUGCGCGGACGGAAGCGACCCAUGGGAGUGAGGCACAGGGGCAAGGACCAAAUGGGCAGAAGGCUGCUGGUCACAUAAGGGCAUUGUCAGCGCAGUUGAGCCCCAAGGGAGCCGCGGGUGAUUGUGCUGACUUGGAUGAGUCUGUCCACGUGAAGCUGGCGAAGCAGUAUGAACUGCAUGAGCUGGAGCCUGAGUGGCAUGGCAUCCUGGCCAUAGUUGACAAGAAGCUGGUGGAGCAGAACCAGCGUUGCCAGAGGGCAGACGAGCGGCCGAUCGUGAUGCGAUCCCUCCUGAAGUCUUCUCCUCGAAGGGGGGCGGAAGCAGCAAUAAGCGAUGCGGUUUCGUGCCUCCUGAAGCAUCGCAUCGGCUUGGCCUCUGGGGACAAGCGACCUGAUGGCGGGGGAGCCCGAGCAGCGGCCGAUAGGGAUGCGAUGGACAAUAGUCAGACGAGGCUAUCGAGUUGA